GGAUGCCGCGUCACACCUGCAAAUCCAUUACAAAGAUGGCGCUAGCAAGUGUGUUGAGGGGUGAGUCUGCGGAUUUUUCGCUUCGUAGCGAGCGGCCUUUUGCGUUCGGUGCUAGCUGGGAUCAGACCGAACUGGGCUUCGAUACGUCCGCCGGCGACGGUCUGAACUUCGCCGUGAAAAAUUCACUGUCUCCCGACGAUGAAGAUGGCAUUGAGAGGAAGAUUGAGUUUCUUCAUGGAACAACAACGCUGGCUUUCAAAUUCCAGCAUGGCGUUAUCGUGGCGGUGGACUCCCGCGCCACGGCCGGCUCCUACAUCGCCUCCCAGACGGUGAAGAAGGUGAUCGAGAUCAACCCCUACCUGCUGGGCACCAUGGCGGGCGGCGCGGCCGACUGCAGCUUCUGGGAGAGGCUGCUCGCCCGGCAGUGCCGCAUCUACGAGCUCCGCAACAAGGAGCGCAUCUCCGUGGCCGCCGCCUCCAAACUGCUGGCCAAUAUGGUGUACCAGUACAAGGGCAUGGGUCUGAGCAUGGGCACCAUGGUCUGCGGCUGGGACAAGAGAGGGCCAGGCCUGUACUACGUGGACUCGGAGGGGAACCGCGUGUGCGGGGACCAGUUUGCGGUGGGCUCCGGCUCCAUGUACGCGUACGGCGUGCUGGACAGCGGGCUGCGGGCGGACCUGAGCGUGGAGGAGGCGUGCGAGCUGGGCCGCCGCGCCAUCUACCAGGCCACGUACCGCGACGCGUACAGCGGCGGCACCGUCAACCUGUACCGCGUGCACAGCGAGGGCUGGGAGCGCGUGUCCCAGGACGACGUGCUGGGCCUGCACCUGCAGUACGGCGCCCAGACCGCCUAGAGCCGGCCGCCGGCCUCAUCGGCACGCGGGAGGGGUUUACUGACGUGUGGGAGGGGCUC